AUUUAUUAAUUUUAUUAAUUAACUCAACAUUAACUAAUCUUUCUUUCUACGAUCUGGAGCUUUUAUAAGUUGUUUUGUAUUUGAGAAAACUUGGUUGGAGGACGAAAAUUACCGGAUAAAAUGUAUAAGAACAACGCCAAAAAGCAAGUGUCUCUGAAAUAAAGAUGGUGCGUGUCGAAACUCUACCGUUCCACGCUUCUCAAUUUCGCACGAUAAUGGCAACAAAUUAUUCAAAGCUAAAGGAAUUAAUUACACUGAGGGUCAGUAUGAGUGAUAUGCACAGCCAAAUACUACAUGCGAUGAAAGGUUUAUACCAAAACGAUAUCAACUCUGCCAGGAGAUACGAGCAAAUAACUACAAUUGGAAAACUUUUAAAGGUUUUGGAACUUAGAGAUGUACUGUCUGAAGAGAAUAUUUUGCCAUUACAAGUGCUAGCUCAGAGACUCCCGGAUAAUAUGGAGAUAAUGAAUAGCAUCAGCUGUUAUGAGCAAAAUCGUGGUCCUAAACAAAACUUAAAUCAAUAUGCUGCUGAAAAUAUUCAGGAAUGUGCUCUACCAAAGCCACCACCAAAACAAAACGAGGAUAGUGCGUUCUCGGACGGUCUAUGUGAGAGGAAACGUGAGAGGAUAACAGAAACCAUCGUCGAAGAAAUAGGCUCGUAUUGGCGCAAUCUAGCCAGAUACCUGGGCAUCCAAGAAUGGAGAAUCGAUGAAAUACAAUGCAAUGGUAAACCAAUAGAAGAAAAAGCUGCAGAAAUUAUGGAGAUGUAUAAGAGAAGAGCUGAUCGUAAGAAAUGGUUUUAUGAUCUCUUAGACGCGUUAGAGAAAUCUCGUAGAAAGGAACUGUCUAGAAAAAUAAGAGACAUUGCUACGAUGAACAUCUAGCAUUCUCUUUCGGCCCUUUUAUUAUUUAUUUAUUAAUAAAUAUGCAGCAAAAUUUACACUAUUUUUAAUUAUAAAUUUUAAUUUAAACAUUAAACACAGACAUGUGUGGCGUUCCGUGCCUAGAAGAUCUUUCUGAUGGAAAUCCAUAUAAUUACUAAACUCAAAUUAGUCUUUAUACAGGCAGGUAUUCAACCUGUAGUAUUUAUUUUAUAUUCAAUGCGGUGCUCACAUCGGACGCUGAACCGCACGCCGGUCCGGUGUGACAUCGCUAUAUACAUCCAUAGAUGCGGAUCCAUCAGUGUAAUAACUACGUUAGAAAGUAAAAAGGUAAAAUAAAUAACAUAAAUUUAAGAAGUUUCGAUAUUUAUUAAAAAAACAACGAACUUUUAGUUCAUAAGGCACUUUUGUUCUUAAUAAUACUUAACAUGUAAAUAUUUAACUUAAAACAUAUUUGUAUAUAGGAAUGUUUUACACUAUAAAACGAGUAAACUUUAAAACAUUUUACACUAUAAAAAUAUGUAUAUUUUAUAUAGCAUAAUAAAUGAGAUGCAACAUUCGAGUUUGUUUCAAUUUAUCAAAAUGACUAUAAAUAAGGCACUCAAUUUCCACAAGGAUUUUAUGAUUUUCUAAUUUUAUUUUCUCUCCUUCUUUUUCUAGUUUUUGUGCAAAACAAUAUGAAUUCAACAUGUUGAAAAUAUAAUGCAUUGGUAUCACAAAUUGGUGUGGAAUACAUACGUAUUGGAAGACGAAAUAUCGCAUCCAUGGAAAUGUAGUCAUCAAGUGGGUUAUAUGAUAUCAGUAGCAACUUACGACUAACAAUACAGUACCUAAAUGUCCCGUUUCCAACACGCAGCAAAGAGUAAUUUCACAGUAAAUUUAUAGACAUUACAAGUUUUCUACAAUUAAUAGUUUUUUUUUAAAUAUCGUUUACAGGCGUCUCUUAUACUGAUACUUGGAUUGCUUCCUAAAAUGGUCAGCGUGAGGGAAAACGGUAUAGGUUAUAAAGAUGAAAUGGUAGAGCCGGGAGAUGACCGGACGAGAUGCUCUAAUGGAACUUUCAGUAGGAGUAGGAGAGAAAGCGUUAUUAUUGUUUGCCUUUGGCACAGUCUCACAUUUUUUAUAGUCCUCACCAGUAGUAUGGUUUAUGGUGGGUAACAAAUCAU